ACACCACCCCGGACGAGCUUCUCUCGGCCGUCAUGACCGCGGUUCUCCAGGAUGUGAAGCUGAGGCCGGAGCAGCUGGGGGACAUCUGCGUAGGAAAUGUGCUUCAGCCUGGGGCCGGGGCAGUCAUGGCCCGAAUCGCCCAAUUUCUGAGUGACAUCCCGGAGACUGUGCCUUUGUCCACUGUCAAUAGACAGUGUUCAUCAGGGCUGCAGGCAGUGGCCAAUAUAGCUGGUGGCAUCAGAAAUGGGUCUUAUGACAUUGGCAUGGCCUGUGGGGUGGAGUCCAUGUCCCUGGCUCAGAGAGGGAACCCUGGAAAUAUUACUUCACGCUUGGUGGAGAAGGAGAAGGCCAGAGAUUGCCUGAUUCCUAUGGGGAUAACCUCGGAGAAUGUAGCUGAGCGGUUUGGUAUUUCACGGGAGAAGCAGGAUACCUUUGCACUGGCUUCCCAGCAGAAGGCAGCAAGAGCCCAGAGCAAGGGCUGUUUCCAAGCUGAGAUUGUGCCUGUGACCACCAUGGUCAGCGAUGACAAGGGCACCGAGAGGAGCAUCACUGUGGCCCAGGAUGAGGGUAUCCGCCCCAACACCACCAUGGAGGGUCUGGCCAAACUGAAGCCUGCCUUCAAGGAGGACGGCUCUACCACGGCUGGAAACUCUAGCCAGGUGAGUGACGGUGCAGCUGCCAUCCUGCUGGCCCGGAGGUCCAAGGCAGAAGAGUUGGGCCUUCCCAUUCUUGGGGUCCUGAGAUCCUAUGCAGUGGUUGGGGUCCCGCCUGACAUCAUGGGCAUUGGUCCUGCCUAUGCCAUCCCUGUAGCUUUGCAAAAAGCAGGGCUGACAGUGAAUGACAUGGACAUCUUUGAGAUCAAUGAGGCCUUUGCAAGCCAGGCUGUCUACUGUGUGGAGAAGCUAGGACUCCCUGCUGAGAAGGUGAACCCUCUGGGGGGGGCAGUGGCUUUGGGCCACCCACUGGGCUGCACUGGGGCACGACAGGUCAUCACCCUGCUCAACGAGCUGAAGCGUCGCAGGAAGAGGGCAUAUGGAGUAGUGUCCAUGUGCAUCGGGACUGGAAUGGGAGCUGCUGCUGUCUUUGAAUACCCUGGGAACUGAGCGAGGCCCCAGGCUAAAGGCACUACACAGAGAGUCCUGCUGUAGCAGCAAGAGAGCACUACAGAAGUGAAACCACAUGGGAAAAUUCAGCACUGGUGAUGGUGGCAGUGGACAAAUCAAGGCACUUCAACUACUUUAGAAAAUGUGAACACUGAUGACACAAUAUAGGAGUGGGUAGGGUUGGGGUUGGCCUGCCCCCAUCAGACCCCCUCUAGGUGGGCCAAAGUUAGCCUGUGUCCCCCAGGCCACAGGAGAAAAGGGAGCCUCAUGGAUGAGGAGUGCAAUGGAGGUAGUAAAUAUGUGUUAUGUUGA